AGGGAUCAGCGGAAACAUCCUCACAUCACACCUGGCUCAGCGGACAGCAGGAGAGCGGCGAGGAAUGUGCAGCAGGAGCUCCUGGCCGUGCUGAAGAAGACAAGACUCAAGGAUGGGAGAUCUGACACCAACACAGCUGAGCUGGCAAAUCCCGGCCAAUGGCCCGGCCCACCACACCAGCCGCUUUGCCUGCUCGGAGCUGGCUGUACGCCGGGGGCAGGGCUUCUUGCUGACCGUCUACUUCAAUAGACCCCUUCAGUCCGGGGACAACUUUGCUUUCGUUGUAGAGACAGGGAGAGCCCCUUCGGAGUCCCAGCACACCCGGGCCGUCUUCCCCGUCUCCAGCGCCCUGACUGGAGGGUCCUGGAGUGCCAUGCUCAGCUCCAUCAAUGGCAACUGCGCCAACUUCACCCUGGCCAGCCCCCCCACCGCUGCCAUCGGCCGCUACAAGCUGAGCCUGCAGAUGAUGUGUGGCAACCAGGCCUAUGCCCGCUUCCUGGGGCAGUUUGUCCUGCUCUUUAACCCUUGGUGCCAAGGAGACCUUGUCUACAUGGCAGAUGAAAGCGAGAGGCAAGAAUACGUUCUGAACGAAAAUGGGAUCAUCUUCGUGGGAAACGCCAACUAUAUCGAAGCGCGAGGAUGGUACUACGGGCAGUUCCAAGAUAACAUGCUCAACCUGGCCCUGAUGCUGCUGGACCUGAGCCUCUACCAUCGCCAGGACCCAGGUGGGGACACGUCGCGCAGGAGCGACCCUCGCUACGUGGGCCGAGUGAUCAGCUCCAUGGUCAACGGGAACGACAACGACAACGGGGUGCUGGAGGGCAAGUGGAGCGAGGAGUUUGCCCACCACGAGAACCCCUCUCGGUGGGACGGCAGCGUGGCCAUCCUCAGAAAGUGGGCGCAGGACAACUUCCGGCCGGUCCAGUACGGCCAGUGCUGGGUCUUCGCCGGGGUGGGCGGCACAGUCCUGAGGUGCCUGGGCAUCCCGACCCGUUUGGUCACCAACUUCAACUCCGCCCACGACGCGGACACCAACUUCAGCAUCGACAAAUACUACGACCCCUCUGGGAAGAGCAUCAAGAGGGGCCAAGACUCCGUUUGGGAUUACCAUGUCUGGAAUGAAUGCUGGUUCACUCGGAGGGAUCUGGGGAAUGCCUACUGCGGGUGGCAGGUGGUAGACGGAACCCCCCAGGAGAAAAGCCAAGGGAUCUACCAAUGUGGACCAGCCUCUGUCCUGGCUGUCAAGCAAGGAGACGUGCGGCUGAACUACGACACGGGAUUCGUCUUCUCCGAGGUGAAUGCCGAUAUCAACCGAUGGGUCCUCUAUCCCGACGGGAGGCAAGUCAGGGUCUAUUGCGACACGACGUCCAUCGGCAGCCACAUCAGCACCAAAGCCGUGGGCAGCAACUAUCGGGUGGACAUCACCAACAACUACAAGUACCCAGAAGGCUCUGCCGAGGAGAGAAACAUCUACCGCAAGGCCUGCUCCCAGAUGUAUGGGUCCACGCCCAGCGAGAGCCGCAUGAGCACCACCGACGACGCCUCCGCCUCCGAACUCAUCACGCACCCCGGGCUCUUUGGGAAGUUCAAGCUGGCCCAGCCGCCCAUCCUUGGCAAGGACAUCAACCUCAUCCUCACCCUGGCCAACUUGGCCCCGGAGCCCAAGACCAUAACCGUCAACCUGAGCGUCUCGAGUGUCCUGUACACCCGGACGGCCAUCAGAGAGAUCCUGAAGGAAGUGAUGACUGUCAGCCUUGGCAACAAGGAAGAGAAGCACCUCCCACUGCGGAUCACGUACGGCCACUAUGGGGCAUCCCUGACGGACGACAAGAAGCUCUUGGUCACGGCCUUAUGUGACGUUGUGGACGGCGUGAAGCUGCUGGUGGAGAAGGCCAUCACCCUGGAGACCCAGAACGUCUCCAUCACGGCCCCUCCAAGCGUUGUAGCCAACAAACCGGCCACCGUGGAGAUCUUCUACGCCAACCCUCUCCCAGAGCCAGUGGACAACUGUGUGCUGCUGGUGACACUGAUGGGCCAAGCUGUCAAGAUCAAUGUGGCAGCGCUGGCACCUGGAGAGAAGUCCAAAAUCUUCUUCGAGUUCACCCCACGCAGCGCGGGGGCCAUGCAGCUCCACGUCGACUUCUCCUGCAACAAGUUCCAGCACAUCAAGGGCUUUGUGCUCAUGAACGUGGCCCCGGCCGGGUCCAUGUGAUCCGGGGCAAGGGCUGUGGUGGUGAAAGGGUGUGUGUGUGACUGUCCUGUUCCUGCACGAUGAUUAAAAGCUUUUUCCCCAGGCAGAAAA